CGCAGUGCGUGUCAUCGUAAAGAGUAUCGUGUGCGUGCGUGCGGACGAUGGACCGCGCGUAGCCGCGACCGCAGCGGUCGCCGUCGUCGACCGGACCGCCCGGUGGUGACCGCGACCGCGGUCGGGCGACGCCGGCAUGGAACGGAAACGGAGCGGCCGGCGGUACUACAACAAGCGGAAGAAGACGUGGACGCAACAGUGCAAGGACUACCUGCGGCAGUUCAUAGCGUUCCUGUUCAGCAACAUCGGCAUCAUUUGCCUGGUGGUCGGUUACACGAUCGCCGGCGCGUUCAUGUUCAUCAUCAUCGAGGGCGCGCCGGGCAACGCGAUAGCGGUCAUCGACCGGGUGGGCGCGAACCGCAGCGGCACGGCCGACCGGAUCUGGGACAUGGUGUGCUGCAACGCGUACUGCGAAGACGAGUGGAAGCAAGAAGUGCAGGUACACCUCCGGUCCUUCCAGAGCCACGUCAUCGAGGCCGUCCGCAACUUCAGCUAUGAGGGCCCCAACAAGCAAAUGACCCGAUGGUCGUUUUCCGGGUCGUUCCUCUAUUCGCUGUCCGUCAUCACUACCAUAGGCUACGGCAACGUGACUCCGCGGACGCUACUGGGCAAACUGGCUACCAUAUUGUACGCGAUAGUGGGCAUGCCGUUGUUUCUGUUGUACCUCUCCAACAUUGGUGACAUACUGGCCAAGAGCUUCAAGUGGAUAUAUGCGAAAUGCUGUCUGUGCCGGAAUUGCAAGAAACGCCGAAAGCGCAUGUUGGCCAUACAGCGAAAGGAACAGUGGAAGAUGGAUAUGCGAGACUUCAAACUGAACACCGGCGUACUUACCGAGGGAGAAGAGAGCGACGACGAGGGCACGACCGACGGAAGUUCCUCGUUAAGCUUCAACGACACGCAAGAGGUUACCGUGCCCAUCAUUUUGUGUCUAACCAUUAUGGUCGGGUACAUAUCCGGUGGCGCCAUUCUGUUCUCAAAAUGGGAAUCCUGGGAGUUCUUCGACGGGUCAUACUUCUGUUUCAUAUCGCUGAGCACAAUCGGAUUCGGCGACUUCGUGCCGGGUAAUAGCAUCACUGGUUCUGGCACCGAAACAAUCCCUGGAACUGGCACUAAUCCUAGCACUAGUACCACCGGAAUCCGCACUAGUGCCGGUACAGUCAUCGAACUCAGUUUCAUACUGUGUUCCAUGUACUUAAUGCUGGGCAUGGCCCUGAUCGCCAUGUGCUUUAACCUGAUGCAACAGGACGUCGUGAUGAAAAUCCGAACGUGCACGGACAUUGUUCGAAGGAUCAGCAGGUGUAAAAAUUGAUCCACGUACUGUUGACGACAGACCACAAUCGUGGCAAAACGUUUCGCAUAAGUCGCACGAUUUAAUUGAUGUAUAACCCGUCCAGUUCGUCUUGACGCACGAAAAAAGUUAUGUUAAAUAAAAAAAAAUAAAAAAAUAAAGUAAAAAUUGAUUCGGAAAUCGCAAUAUUUUUUUCAAUAGGUAUAAUAAAAUGUUUAGACCAAUGAUUUUUUUUUUUUUUAAAUAACUUUGACACAAUUUUCGAGUGCCAAGAUGAGAUGGACAGGUGUUAGUAACAUAACCGCGACGUUGCCGAGCCAAACAAAGAUCGGUAGUCGUAUUCAGCAGUACUCGACUGACUCGACGUUUUGGUACACGUCAGUCUUGGGUUUCGACAGAGUGGUGUAUACAACUUAUAACAUCGACAGAAACGGAACGGAUGCCCAUUAAGUUUAACACAUUUUUGUAUUGUACUAUUUUUAGAUUUUUUUAAUGUAUUUUAUCCUAUUUUUUCUCUCGUUUUGUUUUGUUCCACUUAUCCAGUUCGUGUAAAUAAAAGUCAUUAUGUUUUACUUUA